AUGAUAGAAAUUAAAAAUCUAAAACUAGACGUCACGGUAAUCACAGAGACAAAGAAAAAAGGACAAGGAUCGGAAAGCAUGGGCCAAUAUGACCAUUUCUACAGUGGAGUAUCUAAAAACCGAACAGCACAACAAGGAGCAUCUGUACUUAUAAAAAGAAACCAUAGAAAACAUGUGCAUUCAUGGGAAGCUAUCAGUGAACGAAUCAUUAAGAUAAAUAUGACUGUACGUGAAAAUAGAAUAACUAUCUUUGUGGUAUAUGGUAUAAACGAUGACUCUUUAGUAAAUGUUAAAGACAAGUUUUUCGAAGAUCUGAAUAACGAAAUAACAAAAGUGGGAAAAACUAGAGAAAUCAUUAUACUAGGAGACUUGAAGUGCAGAGUUGGCAAAAGUACAGAUAGCCAAGUUGCAGGACCCUAUGGAGAAGAUACAAAAAAUGACAACGGAGAGAGAGAAAUCGACUAA